AUGUCCAAGACUAUUUGCUCAUUCACAACCCUGAAAUGCUCCCAGACAGUUACCUUGCAGGGUGUGGAUGAUCCCGCAACUGAUGAGAGCAGCAGCGAGGCUUGCCCCCCUACAGAUGGGCUUUACGCUGCGGCGAUGUUCUUCCUAAAUUCUGUUCCCCCGCGCAAACCAGGUAUCUCUGGACGACAUGGCAUUCUACGUGGUCGCUCCUAUACGCUCGGCGGACUAGACUUCGGUCUAGGCCUCGAAAGACUGCCAGUCCACUGGCCUGUAGACAUUGGGCAUUUGAGGGAACCGCCUGAAGAAAACGAACGUCGUAGGUCCAGGAGGACACGUAGUGCUCAGUCUAAUCUGGAGCAACUGAUUGAUAAUAUUUCAAGUGCCUGCUAUCGCACUAUCCGUAACAUACCCAGUCUCUUCAGUCCUGGGGCAACGAGUUCCCUGUACGAAGUUAAUGACGUCCGGCAAACCAUUCCACCCAAACUGUUCCACAUGACCGUUAGCAACACCAGCACCAGACAGGGUGUCAUAACUAUCAGGUGCUAUGGCUCCAUGAAGGCCUUGGCAUGA